GAGAAACAGAGGCGUUGACAUUUGAAAAUGGCAGCGGAGAAAGCAAGCGUAUGCGUAACAGGGGGAGGAGGCUUCGUUGCUUCGUGGCUCAUCAACUUUCUCCUCUCUAAGAACUACUUCGUCCACGCAACCGUAAGGCGACCCGGAGAUGCGAAGUAUGCUCAUUUGAGUGCAUUUGAGAAGGCAUCUGAAAACCUGAGACUAUUUAAGGCAGACUUGCUGGAUUACGACUCUAUACGUUCAGCAGUUGAAGGGUGCGUAGGAGUAUUCCAUGUUGCCUGUCCAGUUCCUUCACCCGCGGAGACAAUACUAAACCCCAGAGUAGAAGUGAUUGAACCUGCUGUGAAGGGCACACAAAAUGUACUCAAAGCAAGUGUUGAAGCAAAAGUUAAGCGAUUUGUUUUUGUCUCCUCCAUUGCUGCUGUGUUCAUGAAUCCAAGUUGGCCCAAGGAUCAAGUUAUGGACGAAACUUCUUGGUCUGAUACGGAAUACUGUAGAACCGCUAAGAACUGGUACUGUCUCUCUAAAACAGAAGCAGAAAGUAUGGCGCUGGAGCUUGCGAAAGGAAGUGAGAUUCAUGUUGUAAGCAUAUGCCCUACACUUGUCUUGGGGCCAAUUUUGCAGUCUACAGUGAACACAAGUAGUUCAUAUUUCAUGAGACUUCUGAAAGAAGGACUUGAAUCGGUGGAAAACAGGCUUCUAUGGAUUGUAGACGUGCGUGAUUUAGCUGAAGCACUAAUCCUAGCUUUUGAGAAGCCUAAGGCUGAAGGAAGAUACAUCUGCAUGUCACACAUGAUCAAGACAGAGAGUCUAGUGGACAUGCUGAAGAGUAAAUACCCCCAUUAUAACUAUCCUAAGAACUUCACUGAAGUGCAGGAAGAACUAAGGCUGAGUUCAGAUAAAUUGCAAAGGUUAGGUUGGAGUUACAGGCCAUCGAAGGACACUCUCAUUGAUGGUGUAGAGAGCUAUCGUCAAGCUGGGCUUUUGGAUUGAGAAGGGCAAUCAUACCUUACCAUGUAGGGGUAGGUUUCAUAAAGAGGACACUUAUGCUUACUAGGCAUUGUUGGAUUCUGGAUCAAUGUUUUAAAUUAUGCUUCAGUGAUUAUUCGGGUUUAAGUAUUGGAAUAGAAUAUUUCACUAUCAGCGCGUUUCAAUGUA